AAUAUGGCGGCUCGCGGUGCUGAGGAGCAUUUUGUCCUCUAUCUGUGGUUGGGGCGGAGCCUGUCGCUGGGAAGCAGUAAAGUAGCAGGAGCCCUGCAGUCACUUCCUGCACAUGGUAGAGGAGCCGGUAACGCUGAGGAAAGCUACAUCACAAAAUGGUUUUAAAGAAGAAAAAAGAGAUCAGUGUGGACGUGUUAACUCUCGAUAGUGUGAAUGUUAAAAGUCUGAAAACUUUUUCAGAUGAUACGGAACAUAAGUUGCCUUCUCUGCUCUUGCAAUGUUUACAACUACAAGAUGGAGUUCAGCAAAUCCACUGUAUCAAACAGAUUGUGCCACUUUUGGAAAGCCUGCCCAGCAGUUCCUCUGGUACAGAUGUUCUCGGUUGCUGUAUGGACGUCUUAGCUGAAAUGUACUUCACAGUUGGUGCCAAGAAUCCGCUGAAAAAGGUGUUGGCCAGCGCACUGAACAGUGUUCCGGAUCCCUGUAAGAACGACGCGAUCUCCGCUUUUACAUUUUGCCUGAGAAAACACAUUGCAAUGGAAGACACAGGACGCUACAGGAAAGUGGUGGACAAUUUGGCCUCAUGUAUGGAUGGUUUCAGCCUUGGUAACCGCUGUGUUAAUAGUCUCAUUCCAGAAGUCCUUCAGUUCCUGGUAAAAGUUCUGCAUACAUUCCAGAGUCACAACAAGAGAAUCCUGGGUGAUGGGCUCGCUCAGACCCAGCUCAUGCACGACCUACUCACAGCUGUCAAACUGUCCAUGGUGCUGGUUCAGAAAAGCCCAGAGUCCGUGCUGGAGUCUAUGCAGCCUAAUGUUUCGUGUCCUCUAUGGAAGACUAUGUGUGAUCUGCUCUACUCCUUCUGUGGCAUCUUACUGGAUGAUGAUCUGUUACAAAACAUUCAGAGCACUGCAGGCAUGGCCAUCAUUCUGUAUCUUAAGACGAUGCUUAAAGACCGUGAUAUACUUACAGAUUUAGUGAAUAACCUCAUGUUGCAGUCUUGGGAUUCUGCGGAUGUGCCAGACUGGUUUAUGGCCGGCUGUGGCUCCUUGUGUAAGGAUCUUCCAGAUACAGCACUCCUGUUCUUAUGCCAAGGUGCCUUGGCUAUGCUGGAAUGGAAAGAUGGGAAUCUGGGCCAUGGAGGGGAGAAGCUUCUUGUUAACCUCCUCACAGUCCUGCUGUCUCUCAGUGCACGCCUGAGAGAAUCGAGCACAGCUUUGUUUCUGUCGCGUAUUUUAGCCCUGUGGACUACUUCAGCUAUAGAUCUCCUGAGGUCCUCCUGCACAAGAGACCUGAGAGAAAAUCUUAAUGGUCAUUCGAGUGCACUUAGCCAACUUCUGGAAUACGUGUAUGUACAUUGGGAGCACCCCCUGGAUGCCGUCCGACAUCAAGCAAAGCUCGUCUUCAAAAACAUCCUCGAAAUCCAUCACGCGGCCGUGGCCGGACACUCGGGAGGCGAGGACCCAUUCCUGUCAGAGCUUACACAUAAAUUGUUGAGUUUGGAGUGGCACUCGAAGGGCAAAUACGCAUCGCUGGCCUGUCUGGUAGAAUGUGUGGGAACAGAACAGCUAUUGUCAGUGGAUGAAAGGAUCCCUUCUCAAAUUCUAGAUGUCAUGUCCGAUCAGUCCUUUGCUCCGUAUGCUAGUAACCUGUUGGAGGCCAUGUUUGUCAACCACAAGAAACAACUUCAGGCAACUCAGGAAAGCUGCUGGACUGAGCGAUGGCAGGAUAUCUGGGUCACCCCCCUGAUAUUACGACUGUGUGAGGAACAUGUGACACAAACCACUUACAUCAUCGAUUAUUACUUACCUAAGCUGCUCAAAUGUAACCCUGAUAGUCUACACUAUAUGAUUGAAAAUCUGAAGACGUCGGCCUCCUUAAAUAUUGGGUCUGGUGAUAACCGUGGCGCUCUUGGUGCCCUUAUGGCUUGUUUGAGAACUUCCCGCACUCAUGGACACCUCCGAUUUACAGAAAAUUACGCCUGGAACGGAAGAGUCUCCACGAGCUUAAUACAGCAAGGCCUUGUGCACAGACAUGAUCAGAUCCGUAUUGAUGCCCUGGGCCUCCUCUGUGAGAGUCACUGGAGCACUGAAGUGGUGUCGCGGGAUGAAAUGACUUUGAUUACGUUUUUUCUCAGGUACAACCUGAACUGUCAGUCUCCAUCCAUCAGACAGCAGCUGUGUUACCUGCUCAAGAAGCUUUUUUGUCGUGUGCAAGAAAGUUCUCAGGUUCUGUAUAAACAUCAACAGAGCAGGACUCGAAGGGAGUCGGAGCGUACGGACAGUACAGAGGAUCCCGGCACAGCUCUGAUGCGUUAUACAGAAUUCAUGUUAUCUAUCACAGAUUAUCUGUUUGAGUCACUUUUUCCUGGUUCGUCACAUCCAACAAGAUUUUCAGCCUUGACUAUUUUAGGAUCUAUUGGUGAGAUAUUCCCGGUUGUAGCAGGCUCCUGUCAGACCGUAUUUCAGUUCGCUCGGUCGCUCAGCGGUAACAAUGUCCACGCUCUCCUAGAGUGCUUCAGUAACACCUUUGAGGAAGUGAAACUCCUUGCCUUUGAACUUCUGAGAAAGCUGCCCCCGUCUGUUUUAGGCCUCCAGGAGCCUAAGAAACUUCUGGGCCUUCUUCAAGCAGCGAUGAACCUGAGCACCAGCACCAAGCAUUUCGAUUGUGUCACCGCUUCCUAUUUGCUGAACUUCUUGAUCCACCAGGAGGGUCUGGAGGCCGCUCUGGGUCAGUUGGCACAAGAUGGGCACCGAGCCGCUAAUGCCAAGUCAUUCAUCAUUGACAGCAGCAGUGUUGUGGAGAGAAACACCUUUCACGUUGUUACACUACUUAUGGAUAUCCUUGAGUAUGAAAUUAUCCGGGCAGAGAAUUCAUUGCUAGAAGCGGCCUCCUCCUUCCCAUUGUAUGGCCGGGUGCACUGUAUCAUUGGAGCCCUGCAGCAGCUCUCUACGUGGGAUGUCUCAGAUGUGGUGCACUGGAGACAGCUGGUAUCACGGCUGAUCUCUGUGUCGUACCGGCUUUCUACUAUUGUUUCUCCGGUUGUCCAUAGUUCAUCACCAGAAGGUCUCAUGCCAAUGGACACAGAGUCAGAAGCUGCGUCUCAGUUGCACAUGAUAAUGAGUGAGAUCAAACCACGGGACACAAAUGAUUACUUUGCCCAGCCAAGAAUAUUACAGAAAGAAUAUGACCUACAUUCCCAGGCCCUUCCAGAAGACAGUGUACCGUCCCAGAGCUUGUGUGCGGCCAUGAAAGGGGACGAGGGCGCAUCAUGCAAUGUGACGGCACAAAUGGUCUUAGUUUGCUGCUGGAGGAGCAUGAAGGAAGUCUCCUUAUUGUUGGGGUUACUAUGCCAAAGUCUUCCCUUGCAGACUGGUCUGGACUCCCCUCGGGGUCUCAUCACAGUGGAACAGGUCAUUGAGAUGGGGGACUACUUCAAGCAUCACCUCCUACAGUCCAGACAUAGAGGGGCAUUCGAGCUGGCUUAUGUUGGCUUUGUGAAGCUCACGGAAAUGCUCAUUGGAUGCGAGGAGGAGAGCCUGCGCUGCCUACCACGCCAAUGGUUAUGCAACGUCUUAGAGGAAAUUAAAAGUAGCGAUCCGUCUUCUAGGCUCUGUGCAACCAGACGCAGUGCUGGAAUUCCAUUCUACAUACAGGCCCUGCUGGCGUCUGAACCCAAGAACAGCAAAGCAGGCCUCCUGAAGAUGAAUAUGAAGGAAUUAAUAAACUUGGCCAUGCCAUCGGGUGACUUGAGUGGAAAUAAUAGCACAAUCCCACAGGUUCAUGCUUUAAAUAUAUUGAGAGCAGUUUUUCGUGACACACGUCUGGGUGAAAAUGUAAUUCCCUAUGUUGGCGAGGGAACCCAAGCAGCCAUUCUUGGAUUUACUUCACCAGUUUGGGCUGUGAGAAAUUCCUCCACACUUCUCUUCAGCACGCUGAUUACAAGAAUAUUUGGAGUCAAAAGAGGAAAGGAUGAGCGCUCCAAAAAAAACAGGAUGACUGGGAGGGAGUUCUUCACCAGAUUCCCCACUCUCUACCCUUUUCUUCUGGAACAACUGGAAAUUGUUGCCGAUACAGUUGAUAGUCACACGGGGGAAUUGAAGCUUCAUCCCAGCUUGUACCUGCUGCUCCUCAUCCUCAGUAAGCUGUACCCAUCUCCCAUGGAUGGCACCUAUUCUGCACUCAGCAUGGCUCCUUUUAUCCCCUUUAUUAUGAGAUGUGGCCACUCACCAGUCUACCGCUCCCGGGAGAUGGCAGCACGGGCUCUUGUUCCUUUUCUCAUGGUACAAGACAUUCCGCAAACUGCAGCAAACCUGCUAAGGAGCCUUCCAGAUUCCAACAGCGGCACCGUACAGCAGAACCACAUCCAUGGCGUGCUUCUACAGGUUUUAUACAUGCUGCAGUCCUUCUUUGAGGCGAAACACAUAGCUAAUUCAAAGCGACUUCAGCAGGAGAUCUGUGACAUCACCGACAGCUUAAAAGCCAGGCUGUGGCUCGCCAAAAGGCAAAACCCGUGUCUCGUAACAAGAGCGACAUUUACGGACAUCCUAAAUAUUAUUGUCACUUCUCUUGGAACGGACAGACACCAAGCUUUGACCUCUGAAUUUUGGGAAGACCUACACAGUGUCAUUGAAAACUGUGAACUGAUAGAGGAAGCCGAACACACCGCUGCAGUUCCUGGAUAUAUCCUGUAUCUACAGAGUGUUACUCGCCUCAUUUUGUCAAUUCUAAAUCUCAGCGUUCAAGUGGAUGGUCCAAAUGUUGGUCACGUUGGUCCUGCCAUGAAAAUGAACCAUUCACGCAUCUUGCAGAGGAUGCUGGAGUCAGAAUUCCAUGAAGUGCGCUUAUUGACUCUCGAUUCUCUAUUACAAUGGAUGAAGCAAAGCUGUGGAGAUGCCUACUUUUCUCAAGAGGUUCAGAAGACUCUCUUUAAGAUGUUGAUGGAGGAAAAUAAUUUAGAAUGCCUGCGCCAGGUGCUGAGAAUCUUGUUCGAAAUGAACAUUGAGAAGAUACUUUUGACCGCAAAAGAUCAUUUCCAGUUGAAGCCAAAGGAUAUGCUGAGAAGCAUUUUAAAUCUUGUCUCCACAUCCGAAUACAGUGUGGAAAUUCAGAGCUCAGCCUUAAAACUGUCGUCCAAGUUGGUCAUCGGUCUGACAAGCGAGGCCCAGGAGGCCAUUGAGUCAGAGAUGAAGGACUGGGUUGCACUUGUGGUUCAUUGCUGUGGAGAUGAACUCCAGACUGAAGUGAAGCUGGCAGCUGCUGAGAUCCUUACUGAUAUUGCUCCCUAUUACCUGACCGGCGGCCGGCCUGUGCUGGGUCUUUCGGAUACAUUACAGCUAUGGAUGUGUGUACUAAGGCUUCUUCAGUGUGAAGAUCUGGAGGUCAGGGAUGUUGCUGCCGAAAUCAUCCACGUGUAUCACACUCAGAAGAAUAGCCCCUCUGGUACAGGGUUUCAGUAUUGUAUAGUCAAUCCUCCCAUGGCUUUGGACCUGACCUUUGGGAUCCUGUGUGAGCUUCUUCAGCAGUGGAAUCACGUCAGCCACGCUGUCCCCAUCCUCCUGGACUGGCUGCUAGGAGAAGAUGAUCUCAACAGUCCAGAAACCACAAAAAUGGUGGAAGAUGAUCUCUUCGAGAAAGGUGAAGCCAACUUUUGGGCUGAGAAGCUUGUGUAUAUCAGGCUGCUUAAUAAACAUCUCAAGGAGCUCAUAGCCUCAAAAUCUCUCUGUCUACAACCCCAAAAUGGAAGGCUGCUCCAGAUUUCACAGGCAGCAGAUCAACGAUCUGAGAAGGUACAGCGCGGUCUACAUGGUUUACCACCCACUCCAGAGUUCCUAAAGACUACUGAAUAUACCAGAUUACUGAUCCAUAAAGAAAGGACUGAUAAUUGUAUUCAGAUGCUGCAACUUAUUAAUAAAAAGUAGCUUUGAAUCAUGAGAUAAACAACCGGUGGCCUUCCAGAUGUAUGGCGCACUGCUACCUAUGUUGCUGCUGGAGGCUGAGAGUCAAGAAUGGCUUAGACGUCUAGACUCUUCUUUAUUUGUUUUUGUAAUGUGUCGGCAUUACGACUUAUUUUACCAAAGUUAU